AUGGGGGUGGUAGUCACCGUCUGGGGUGUCGUCGUGGAUGUGGCCAGCUUCUGGCAGAGGAAGCUACGGACCUGGUACACGCGCAAAAGCCCUGUUGAGCUAUGGCUGGAUCUGUUGAGAACAGCUGAAGUUUUUGAGGACUGGGAAGAAGCUGCGCUGCAUCUGGAUAAUCUGCUUGGUCUUGACUUAUGGAGGAAUAACCCAGCUUCUAAAUACUAUGACUGGAGACUCAUUGCAGAACGUCUUGACUCCCUUGCGACUGCACGGGAAGAUGCCAACUUUCAGCAACUCGUCAAUUUAUUGAGAUCCGGUCUUGUUCGGAACCUGGGCAACAUCACCUCACCCAAGCUCUACAACCGAUCCUUUGCCGGCACCAAGUAUCUUAUAGAAGAAUACAUCACCCAGAUCGCUGAAGCAGUGGAGGAUAUACGUGCUCUUCCUACAACGCCAUCCGCCAUGCAUGGCGCUGGGCCAUCGUUGACAACGCAGAUGAAGCUAGACUGUAUACAUGAUACACGGCAAGCUUUCGGGAGAAGCACCCUCGUCCUACAAGGCGGUGCCAUAUUUGGCAUGUGUCAUCUUGGCGUUGUGAAAGCUCUCUUCUUACGCGGUCUACUUCCUCGCAUCAUCACCGGCACAGCUACGGGCGCCUUGAUUGCGGCUUUGGUUGCGAUUCACACCGAAGAAGAGCUCCCAGCGGUCUUGAGUGGCGAUGGCAUCGACCUCUCGGCCUUUGCACCCAAAGUCGGGACUGAGAAUGGUGAGAUGUCAACAUUUCGAGCUUUCCAGUCACGGUGGGCCACUUUACUGCGGAGGAUUAAACGUUUCUCCAAAGAAGGUUACUUCCUUGAUGUGACUGUCUUGGAAGAGUGCGUGAGAGCCAAUGUUGGUGAUCUUACGUUCGAGGAAGCCUACAACCGUAGCAAAAGGGUACUGAACAUCACAGUUGCGACAGAGGGGCAGGGAGGUGUACCGACGCUGCUCAACUAUCUCACUGCGCCUAAUGUGUUGAUCUGGACAGCUGCUGUGGCGUCGAAUGCUUCAUCACCUUCACUUUACGGCCACCGCAAGACGACGAUGCUCUGUAAAGAUGCUCAUGGCAACAUUGUACCUUGGGCGCCGGCCAACACCAUCGACUUUCGACACUGGACACAUACCUCAUACUCUGAUCGGGACUCACCUCUAAGACGCAUUGCCGAACUCUUCAACGUUAACCAUUUCAUCGUCAGCCAAGCUCGACCAUACUUAAUACCUUUUAUCCAGUCUGACAUGCAUGGGCCAUCCCUGGUCGAGUCACGGAGCAAAACUACACAAGUCUCUGCUUUCUUGGUACGCAUGGUCGGGCUGGAGAUACGACACCGCCUCAGCCAACUGGACACGCUCAACCUCCUUCCAACGGGUAUCCGCCGCUUUUUAGUAGAUGAGCAAGUCCCGGCGGCUUCGAUGGUCCUUGUGCCGGAAGUGACAGCCGGAGACUUUGUACGACUGCUGGAAACGCCGACUAGAGAAACCCUCAACUACUGGGUUCUCAGGGGCGAACGAAGCGUGUGGCCUGCCGUAGCUGCCCUACGAAUUAGAUGUGCCGUGGAGAACGAGCUCGACAGGUCUUACCAAGUGGUGAGAAAGUUCAAGGCCCCCGGUCUGAGACGAAAGGGGAGCAUGGCAGCUAGUAUGGAGGCUGAGAGGAGAGAGCGUAAUGGUCAGUUUGGUACGGAUGUCAGUCCAAGUUGA